UAAGAAUGAUGGUUGCAAAGUUUUUUUGUAUGCUUAUUUCAGCUUUUCAAGUAAAGGGCUUCUGCUCCACUGGAAAAUGUGAAAAGAUCUCUUUUAAUGAGCAACAAGACGCCUAUCAUGACAAAGAGCUUGUCGGCCAUGUCUUUCACAAUUCUGUGACUUCAAACUCACACCAGUGCUAUCUGUGGUGUAUCAACGACUGUCGAUGUCUGUCGAUAAACUACAAGGUCAAGAACGACAUCAAAUACUGCGAGUUGAACGAAGGCAGCCAUUUUACAAACAAGGACUCUCUGAAAAACAUCCACGGAAGUGUUUACUACGUACUGCGGAGAGAAUACUCCACUAAGGCUCCAACCAACAUUGUUCCUUGUGCUGGUGACUUCAUGUGUACCAAUGGCUGCUGCAAGAACAAUCCGUGUCUUAAUAGAGGAACCUGUACUGAGAUCUGUCAACCCACAAGUGUUAGGUACAAUUGUUCCUGUCCUGUACCGUUUGUAGGAAGACACUGCGAGAUUCAACAGAAAAGAAGUUGUCAGGAUUACAAAGCGGCCGGGUCCACCGCCUCUGGAUUGUACACAGUUGACGAUGACAAUAAUCAAACCUUCCAGGUGUUCUGUGAUUUUGACUCAGAGCCUGGGUUCGCUUGGAACCUGAUUGAGUCCUUUAGUUUAUCCAACAAAGAUCGUUUUCAGGAGAACAUCGUGUUUUACGAUGACUACCAAGCCAUCAGCGGUGAUGCCCCAAAUUGGCAGGCCUACCUCAUCAAACGACCCUACCUCCUUUGGCUCAGAGAUCACUCGACUCACUGGAGAGCUACUUGCCGAUACAACACAGAUGGCACCGUAUACACAGACUACCUGAGAGCCUCGCUUGAAGACUUUGACAUCAUUAAAGACGUACCCACGGUGGUAGACAUCUGUCGACCUUACGAAUAUGUCAACAUCCGGGGAAAUGAGUGUGUGAAUUGCACUGCAUUCACAGCGUAUAAAAAAGGCAGCCAACCUCUGCAUGUCGACACUUUUAUAACCCAUUUGUCCUGCAAUCUCGACGCAAGCAAGACGGCCAUAGAUUGGGAGGACAACUUUGGAAAGUACUAUUCUACAAAUCCCAAAUUCCGUUGCACUUCAAACUCGGAUGAUACGACUCAGUUCUGGAUCGGAGGCAAAUAGUACGCUGACUAAACAACACAGUUUUGUAGAUCCAAUGGUGAUUUAUCAGUUGGUAUUUGACAAUUAAUAAGACUGGGCAUGAAACUAAUGGACUAUCUGACAAAGCUGGUGUCAUUUUGCUAGUUUUUAAUGUGGAACUCACGUAGGAAAGAUUUGACCCGUUGAUUAAAUGUAAUAAGAUAGUUACACUAACACAUUUUUUCAAGAUAAACU